GCUGAUUUGCUGAACAGAACCGGUAGGCUUUCGAGGGUAUCACGUUCGCUCCAUCUUUGGACAGAAGUUGCUUGUGCACUUCGGGCCCUGCUUGAAGAGCGGCACUGUCCAAGGAUUAGGGCUUAGCGGGGUCCGCCCGCAGAUUUUGGGGGCCAGAAGAAGCCCAGAAAGGAAAAAUAACGCCGUCAACUUGAUCCUUGGUGGAGCGGUUGACUUGUCUUCUCAGCCUCAACGUUGCCAAAUCAGUUUGCCCGAGCGUUAUAAUUGGCCGUGAAAAUGUUAAACGGGAUGGCGCAAAUCAGAGCUCCUCCAGUCUGUCCCCGCCGCCCAAAUGCAUCCACCAGAUUGGGCGAGUUUGCCUGAAUCUUCCAGGCACCAACUGGGCGGUUGAGGCUGCCUGGUGGUGGUGGUGGUGGGAAGAGCCACGAAUGACAAAAAAAAACUUCAUAUCAUCUUGUUCAUGUAUGUAUCUUGCUUGAGAUCUGGUGUCCUGUGUCGCAUGGAGAGGAGAGGGAAUCCGCCCUCAUUAAUUGCCAAUCAAGGUUAAAUAAAAUGGAGCUCAGGCAGCCAGUAGAUGGCGGGCUCUUUCUGUGCAGACUUGCCCUGCUGGCCGUGGGCGUUUUGGGCAUUUUCAUGGCAAGAAAGCGGGUCGGGAAUCAUGCAAAUGUUACCUAUAGAUGGUUGCUUGGAAUUCUGAAGAUGGCGACAGGUUUUUGUUGUGCCCGCCCUCAUUUAACUAAACAGAUUGAUUUGAAGACCCUUCCUUACGCUGUAACUGCACCCUCGCCAGUGGACAUUGGUAACUGGGCUGUUAACGUAGUCAACACCAGUCUAGCUCACGACAUCCCAGUUGGGCAGAUAUGCAGAUGACUGCUUUCCAAGUUAUGUUCGAUGAAGUGUCUGGGCAGUUCAUAUCGUCGUGUCUUUGUCAAUUACUCAUUUAGUUGCCUGCCUGUUGCCUAUGAGAGGCAAAGCUUAAUUACGCAUUCUCUUCUUUUUUUUUUUUUUCUUAAAUUCGUAUCAUUAACAUGAUUCCUAGAUUCCUAAGAAUAUACAUCACCACUAUGAUAUGCUCUAAUACGGAAGUCCCUGUCCAUUCAGCGAGAGCCUUGGAGACGUUUAAGGGUAUGCUGACGAAAUCUACAGCCCAAACUUCCACUUCUUUUAUCUUUAGAGCCUGUGUAUUAUACAUAUGUUGCCCGAAGAGAUUGCGAGAUACAACAUUGAUAGUACCUAGUACCUACACCCUGCGCGGCCU